AUGAAUAACCUUGAGAGAUUAAAGCAGAGACUAGAAGAAUCUGUAGAAAAGCACAAGAGGCGAUUAUUAAUAACAAGAGAAAAGAAGAAACAAAGUAAUUCUGCAAUAUAUGUUAAUAAUAAAAAUGUAAACAAAGAAAGGAGUAAGAUAAUAUUAAAUGAUGAGAAGAGUAUAUGUGGUGAUAAUAAAAUACGGACAGAUACUUAUCCUUCUAUAAAUAAAAAUAAACUAAUUGAAAAUUUAAGAAAUACAAAAUUGUUAUUAAUAAAAAAAAGAAGAAGCUUAAAUAAUAUGAAAAAGGAAAAUAAUAUUGUAAAUAAGUAUGAUACAAAAAAUGAAUUAAAAAAUAAAAAUAUUCAAUUAAAAAAAAAUACACCAUCCAUAAUUAAUAAUAAAAAGGGUAUGAUGAAAUAUCUAAAUAAAAUAGUAAAUCCAGCAAAUCAAAGUUAUAGUAUAGAAAAUAAAAUUAGGGGUCGUGUUAAUAUCUCUCAUAUAAAAGAAAAAGAAAAGGCGUUAAAGGAUGAAGAAGAUAAGGGAAAUAAAACAAAUUAUAAUAAUAAUAAAGAAAAAAUAUAUGAUGAUAAUAAUAAAGAAAAAAUAUAUGAUGAUAAUAAUAAAGAAAAAAUAUAUGAUGAUAAUAAUAAAGAAAAAAUAUAUGAUGAUAAUAAUAAAGAAAAAAUAUAUGAUGAUAAUAAUAAAGAAAAAAUAUAUGAUGAUAAUAAUAAAGAAAAAAUAUAUGAUGAUAAUAAUAAUAAUGUUAAUACUUUUCAAAAUAUAUCAAAAGAUGUCAGAGAUAAUAUAAAUGAUUUAUUUCGAAAUUUUAUUAAUUGUAAAAUUAAUAAUUUGUAUGUUAUAACUACAGAUACAAAUAAAAUACCUAAUAAUAAAAUAUUCCUUUCCGAAACACAACAACAAUUUUUAGAAAUAAAAAACAAACAAGACAAUAACGAAUAUGAGAUAAAGGAUGAACAUUCAGAUGAUAAUAAUCAUAGUAAUUAUCAUCACGUGCAAGAUAAUCCUUAUGUUAUGAAAAAAAAAAGACUAGACGAUAAGGUUAAAGAAGGGAUGGAUAAAAAUUAUAUGGAUAAUAUUAUAUAUGUAGGUAAACAUGAAAGGGUGUCAAGCAAUAUGAUCAUCAAAAGGAAUAAUAAUAAUUAUGAUAAUAAUAAUUAUGGUGAUAAUAAUAAUUAUGAUGAUAAUAAUAAUUAUGGUGAUAAUAAUAAUUAUGAUGAUAAUAAUAAUUAUGGUGAUAAUAAUAAUUAUGAUGAUAAUAAUAAUUAUAAUAAUAAUAGUAAGUCUAACAUUCAUAAUAACAGUAUAUACGAAACAUAUGAGAAGAAUUUAAAAAAACUGUUAGAAAUAGAAUAUAAAAUGAAAAAAAAAAUAGAAAGUUUUGAAAAAAAUAAAGAUGAUAAUAAUAUUAUGUCUACAAAAUCAUCAGCUUCUUCAUAUCCUUAUGGUGAUGAUGAAGAUGGUGAUAAUAUAACGUUAUAUUCACAUAUUUGUUCUAAUAUAAAACCUGUAAAAAACGAAAUUCAAUUUGAUCAAAGUAAUAUUGAUAUACCGAUGGAUGCUAAAAAUUAUAUUAUCAAAAGAAUGACUUCAAGUACAAAAUUAAAGAGUAAUCUAACGAAUGAAGAGGGUUUAUACAAAGCGGACAAACAUAAUGAUAAUAGUAAUAAUAACAUAACUUAUUGUGAUAACAAUAAUUUUUCUACUCAUGAUGAAGAUUGUGAAUUAUAUUGUAUACAAAAAAGUAUAUACUCCAAAGACAUCAAUAAUAUUUGUCAUACCAAUGUUAGUAAUAAACAUACUUGUUCAGAAAAUAAGAAAUGUAUAGAAAAUGAAAAAAUAUAUACUAAUAAUAACAAAAAAAAUUGUCUUUCUUCUUAUGAUGUGGAAAAUAAAAUAUUACGAAAAAUAAAUAACGAUGAUGAUUAUAAAUAUAUGAAUAAGCAAGAUAAUAUAAUACAAAAUGAACUAAUAAAAAAAAAAAAAAAAAAAACACACACACACACACACAUAGAUUUAAAUAAUUACUCUUAUGAAAAAAAUGGAAGAAAUAAAGAAUUGGUUACCAUGAAGAGUAACCAGGAAAAUUAUUCUAGUAAUUAUUGUUACAAUUAUUCCUAUGAGAAAAAAGAAAAGAUAAACAAAAGGAAAAAAAAAAUAAAAAAAAAAAAAAAUAAAAUAAAAAAUGAAAAUAAUAAAAUAAAAAAUGAAAAUAAUAAAAUAAAAAAUGAAAAUAAUAAAAUAAAAAAUGGAAAUAAUAAUAAUAAUAAAAAUAAAAAUAAUAAUAAUAAUAGUAAUAGUAUAAAUCCAAACCAAAAUAAUCAUGUAAGAAGUAACAUAUCCUUGAGUAAUUCAAAAGAUCAUAAUAGCAUCUAUUAUUCUUCAUAUAUAGAAGACCAAUAUGUAUCAUCAUAUAAUAAAGAUGAUGAUGAAAAUAUUUAUAAUUACAAUAGUUCUGAUCAUAAUAUAUUACAUGGAUCUAAAAAAUCUGAAAAUAAUAUUUGUUAUAAUCAUCAGAUUAAAAUAUAUAAUAAAGAAACAAAUGAAAAGUCUUCUUGUUUAAAAGGUUUAAAUAAAUCAUCGUUCUUAUCAAACAAAAUAUAUUUUUCAAAUAUACAUAAAGAAAAUAUAAAAUCUUUUAUAACAAAUGAAACAUAUGAGGAGGAUCAAAGGAUAAAGAAAAAAAAUUCUUUAGAAAAUAAAAUUGAAAAUGGUGAAGAACAAAAGAUGUCUUAUUAUUUAAAAGAAAAAAAUAACAAUUGUUAUGAGAAAUUCUUACAACAUUCAAGCGAUAUAAUAAUAGAAGGGGGGGGGAAAAAAAAAAAAAAAAAAUUGCAAUCUAAUGAAUAUAUUAUUAUUAAACAUUCUAAAAGUAACAACAAUACCAUAUUAUUAAAAAAGGAUAAAAAAAUAAAAGAGAAUUAUAAUAUUCAUUCAUAUAAAUAUAAUCAACAAAAUGAUGAUAUCUAUCAACAGAUACAAAGUUCAUCAAGUAUGAAAAGGGAAACGGAAUGUUUAUUAAAUAAUAAAAUAAAGGAUUGUCAUAGGUUAUAUAAAGAUAAUAAUAUCCAUCAUAUGGAACACUGUUACAUUUGUUCUUAUCCUAUACAAAACAAUGAACAAAAAUUUAUUUUACAUAAAGGAGAAGAAAAAAAGGGAAAAGCAAAUUUGGAUACAACAUAUAAAAAUUAUGAUAAUAAUGAUAAUUAUAAUAAUUAUGAUAAUUAUGAUAAUUAUAAUAAUUAUGAUAAUUCUGAGUAUCACAUAACGAUGACGAGUCAUUUAAUUGGUUCCUCACAUAGUAAAAUAAAUAAGGAAAAAAAAAAAUCGUACCUUUCAACCUUUACAAAUAAAAGGAAGGAUUUGGAAAGUUAUAUGUCUAGCCACACGGUAUGUUCAAAAAAAAACAUACAAAAUGUUGGAGAAAACUAUAAAAAUGGUAAUAAUGAUGAUGAACAUAAGGAUGAUAUACUGUGUGAUAAUAAUAUUUAUAACCAUUGUCAUGAUUUAGGAACAUACAAUCCUACAUAUGAGAGCGAAAAAGUAACUCCAUAUUUAUCUGAGAAACACAAAGUAAUAUAUAAAAAUAUUUAUAGUAACCAAAUAAAUAUUCGUAACAAUGAAAGGAAUCAUAGUGAGGAUGAAACAUAUAUAUAUAUAAAAAAAGAAAACAUACCCUUCAAGAAAGAAAAAGAAAAAAAAGAUAUUUUUAGUUAUAUAAAAGGCAUGUAUUUAUCCCCUACCUCCCUUCCCCCCCAAAAAAAAAAAAAAAAAGAAAAAAAAAAAUCUUUUAUUUUGGAAAAUGAGGAAUUUAUAAAUGAAGAAAGCUCUUUCGAUAUUCAAUCAAAUAAUAUUAAUAGUCAUUUUAUAAAAAAUAAAAAUAUAUUAAAUAUAAAGAACCAAACUAAUGAUUUAGAGAAUGUAAAAUGUUAUCAUCAUAUAAAAAAACAGAAUAAUAGCAAAUCUCAGUCUUCUUACUUUUGUUCUCCUGCUCCAUCGAAUUCAAUACUUAGAAAUAACACAGAAUCGUAUUUUUUAAAAAAUGAUAAACAAAAUGAUCAAAAGGUAAAAGAAGAUGGACAAACCAUAAAAAAUCAAACAACAGCUAAUAAUGUGCAAAAGAAAAGAAAUAAAAAUUAUGUAAAAACAAAUAGUAUACUUUUAAAAAAAAUACUCAAAAUGAAAAUUGAAUCUAUGAAAAAGGAAAAGGAAGAUAUAAAAGAAAAAAACCAUUUUAAUUAUAAUAACAACGAAAAAAAAAAUCAAGAUGAUAAUCAUAAUAAUAAUAAUAAUAAUAUAAAAGUUAUAGAUUAUCAUCAUGAUAAAAUUAUCCAUGAUAAAAAUAGUAACAAAAUAGAAAUGAUCUCCACAAAAGAUAAAACCAUAAUCACUCUAAUAAAUGAUAACAAACAAAUAUAUGAAAAAGAAUAUAAUAAUGAUACAUGUACAAAGGAUAAUAUAAAGAAAGAAUAUAAUAAUGAUACAUGUACAAAGGAUAAUAUAAAGAAAGAAUAUAAUAAUGAUACAUGCCCAAAGGAUAAUAUAAAAAAUGGACAUAAUAAUGAUACGUGUCCAAAGGAUAAUAUAAAAAAAGAAUAUAAUAAUGAUACAUGUCCAAAUGAUACUAUUUCCAAUAUUAACAAAGAGUAUUCAAGUAUAUAUACACAUAGUCAUAUGAAUAAGGAAUCAUUAAAAUAUAAUAAUAUAUCUUUUUAUCAAAAUAAAGAAUCACAUGAUUUCAUAUCUCGAAAGGAUCAUUAUAUUCAUAAACAUGAGGAAAAAAGAAGCAAGGGAAAUAAAGAAAAUAACAUAAAUAAUUAUAAUAAUAUUUGUAAUAGUAAUAAUAUGGACUUGAAGGAUAAUAUAUCCCCUUCUUACCAUACGAAUAAUAAUAUAAAAGAUGUAGUAAAAUUUAAUCAAUCAUAUUAUUGCUAUUUUAAAAAUGUACAAAAAAAUGAUGUAUAUCCCAAUUCUGAAGAACCAAUAACAAAGGAAGAUAAAACAAAAUUAUUAAUAGCUUAUUUAAAAGACAAAAAAAAAAAUAAAACACAAGAAAAUAAUAAUACAUCUGAUAAAUAUAUAUUAAAAUAUAAUAUUGAAUACUUUAAAUUAGCACAGUUUUUUUCUCAAGAUUAUCAUUUAUUUAAAAAUUAUAUAAAACAUGUAGAUAAAAAAUUGUCAAAAAAUAAUAAUAAUGAUAUUGACAGUUUAGAUGAAACAGCUUUUUCUAUUAUUAAAUUGUUCAACUCCAAAAAAAAAAAUGAUCUUUCUACAAAAUAUGAAAAUAAAGACAUUUCUCAGAAAAAUACAAUUUUUAACAAUAUUGAAAAAAAAACAAAUCAAAAAAUCAACAUAAAACAUUUACAUGUUGUAAACGAUAACGAAAAUAUAAUAGUUAACAAUUUUAAUAAAAGUGAAACUCAAAUUAUAAAUGAUACAAGAAAGGAAGUAUAUAGUAUCGUUCAGAAUCAAAAAAAAUCCACUUUUUUGCGUGACAAAAAUGGAACAAAGAAUUAUCCAUAUGAUCAUUUGGAUAAUUAUAAAAAAGAAAUCCAUAUUCCCACAAAGGAUAAAUAUGCAGACAAUAAGAAUAAAAAAGCACAUUGUUAUAAAAUUAUAAAUAAUGGAAAACCAUCUUUAUUUUAUGAAGACCAACCCACAAAAAUGAAUCAAAAUAAUGACAUUACACCAAAUGAAAGAAAAGGAAAAAAGAAACAGAUAGUCUUAAAAACAAUUGAUCUUCUUGAAAAAUAUGAAAAAAUUAGUGCUAAAUAA